CCAGGCAGGCGGCCGGCAGGCAGGCAAGCAGGAAGGCCGAGUUGAGUCGAGACGGGUCGAGUCGAGUCGACGGUACGACCGACUAUAAAAGCCCUGUCGCACCGAGGCGUCGACGUCACACGUCGUUAGUACUCUGGACAGUGAGGAACUCUCCACCGUCGUGCCACCUGUUAAAGGCGGAGCGACCGAUCCCCAGGUACCGUCAUCCUCAUCAUCGGCCGAUCACCACCUCGGAUCGUCUCGUCGAGAGUUCGGACGUUCGGCACGUGGACGUGAACGUCGUCGACGACGAUCCAGGAGGUCCAGAGGCCCGGGAGUCGCGCACCAGCCGGCGUUGGCGAUAUCGCGCGCGUUUCUCCGCAUUCGAAAGUCAUCCGUGUUCUUCGCGUCACCCCCUUGAGAAAGAAAAAAAGAGAGAGAGAGAGAGAGAGAAAGAGGUAGAUAGAUAGAGGAAAAAAGAGAGUGAAAGAGAAGAAGGUCCUGUUCUCGCCGGGUUCUCUCGACGUCGAAUCAACCCCGUCGCUCUUCUUCCCGAAUCGUACGAGUAAUCGCAAGCUCGACGCUUCUCCCCGAGCUCGACUCUACGUGGAAACGAGGAGGAGGCUACGCAAAUUCAACAAAUGAACGUCGUUAAUUUACAUUCCUCCUGCACAAUGAUACUGCUCGGUAUUUUGGCGUCGACGACGAUAAUCGGCCUCACGAGUUCCACCCCCUUGUCCUCGUACGAGAGAAGAGACUUGUCGGCCGACCGACCUAAACUUUUCCUGCUAGUGGAUCAGAGAAUACCAGAAUUGGAGAAUGAGAUGCUGGACUCGGGCAGCGAUCCUAACGCGGCCGCGAGGCGCACGAAGAGAAUCGGAUCCCUAUCAAUCGUAAACUCGUUGGAUGUGCUAAGGCAGAGAGUGCUGCUGGAGUUAGCGCGCAGGAAGGCUUUGCAGGAUCAGCGGCAGAUCGAUGCGAAUCGUCGGUUCCUCGAGACCAUUGGCAAGAGGUCGGUGCCGGAAUACGGACCGGAUGUCGAUAGGGUCGCGGCGAUGAGCCAGCGACAGCAGCAACGUGCGGGAAGUCACGACCAAAGUACAGCAUCCGAUCGAGCAACGAGCAAGUCGCAGGAUUGGUUCGAGGAGAGCGACCCGGUUUUCCGCGAGUCGCAGGACGAUCAAAUGACCAGAGUGCAGGCUAACGAACUUCGCCUGUUGUAACCGCGCCUUGACUCGCAGAGGAGGACUCCAAAGAUUCAUCGGCACCUCAGCUUUGCCAUGUCGCGACUUAUGCUCGACCACCGUCAUCGUUGAGUUUCGUCGCCUGUUCCCCUUUCCGUUUGUCCGCUCCCGUUAGACUGAUAGUGUGGAUUCCGGCGGUUACACGAGGAUUGAUCCUUCCUUCCGGCGAGACGAAUGCCAAAAAUCAUGAAGUUUUACGUAUCGGCGACACGCAAAGUAUCCCUCACGAACGAAUCAAAUUGAGAAAUCGCGAAAGAAACGAAGAGAUAACGCAGUACUCGGUUCCUUCCUAUACUUCCUCGCUACUUUCGGCGCGUGCUUAUUUAUCACUCGGUUAGGCUGUAAUAAUAAAUGAGACAUUCCCGUGUUUGGCCCUCGAAAGCAGGUAGAUACGAGAAUCGCGAUAACGUCGCUGAUACGACCAUAAUGUGUGACAAAUUCGACCAUCGCGUGCGACCGCCCGAAAAAUUCGUACCAAGAUCCAAGCUUUGUUCGAUAAAAGCUCUAGUCUCACUCUCUUUUUCGCACGUUGUCUCUUUGUCUAUCCUUCUGUAUCUGUUUUUAUCUGCUUAUACCUAUCUACCUACCUACCUGCCUACUUAUCCAUCUAAUUACCUACCUACCUACCUACUUACCUACCUACCUACCUACCUACUUACCUACCUACUUAUUUACUUAUCUAUCUUCUUUGCACACAAAGGAAGAUGUAACGAAACAGUAUUAUGUAUUGUGAUUUCCUGUAAGCUCUUCUCUACUUGGCAACGACUACCUGAUAUCUUCGAUGUCCUCGGCGCGUACUUAAUUAAUUAACGAAGCGUCUCCGUCGUAGAUUUAUCGAUAAUACUCACCGCGACCGGCCGGUCGCGAUCGCGCAGAUCGACGUGAACGAGAACGCGGAUCGGUCACGCUGAUUGCUCGCUCUUGUCAACGAUUAAUGUACAAAACAUGUGUGUAACUUGGUGGUAUCGAUAGUUCUUGUCUUCGCGUGCACACCCGGCAAGUACACGAAGCCGUGCACUCAUGUACGCGCACGCGUGUGUGUAUGCGUGUGUACUUGUAAUUUGCAGCUCUCUGAACGAAGUCUGUUUUCUGUGUGUCGUUUGUUGUUAAUCCACAAGAGGCUGUCGGCAAUAUGCAAAUUUGAACGUAACUAAUAAUUCUCUCGAGUCUUGAGUGAGAGGAAACCGGAAAUUGGAUGCGCGUCGAUGUGUGUUUACGUUGAAAAAAAACUAUCGAGCACCAUACUGGACGUAUUGAUAGAACCUCUACAUGUACAACGGACUUUAUUGCUUUAGAAAAGAGAAAAAGAAAACAACAGCAGAAUUUUAUGUUUUAUGUUUGAACAGAUCCGCGCGAAAUACUGAAAGAGUGUAUAAAACUUUCGUUUUCGCCUUCUAUAAUUUUAGCGAUGUUUUUCAAUAACACUAUGAUUACGUCAUCUUCUCGCGGUUACGUGUUUGUCCCUUGUGCCAUAACGAAAUACAAUAACAGCGAAUAUGUUUUGCACGACAAUAAAAUGUUUGGCAUCGUGUAACGCAUUAUAGUAUCGAAGGCAAAUGCGCGAUAGCGUGUGUAUUAUUGAUAUUAUUUAACACAGAGAUUCGGUGCCGUCGUGUGUUUCCACGUGAAUAACGUUCCACCUUCACUUGUAAUUAUUUCGAUACGUUUCGUGUAAUUUUAGGACAUCCUGAGAAGUUAAAGAUGUCAUUGAAUCUUUCAAUAAUCUAUAUCAAUGUUAGAAUCUAGAAUAGAUAUACUCCACCCUCCGAAUGUUUUCUUAUAAUUAAAAGCUUUAAUUUGUAUAAUGUAAUCUGUCGAAAUGACGGGCUAAUAUAUUGAAGUACGUAUGUGUAAAUUGCGUAUAGAUAUUGUAGUAAUAGAGAUUAUUAUUUAUUUAGAAGAAUUAAAGCAAAGUAUAAUUUCCCUA